AUGCAAGUGGAUAUUUAUUUAAACUGUAUAUGAAUUUUAUCGUAAAACCCCAUUUGAGAGCAACAAUGCAAGAAGGGUUUUUGAGUAUCCAAUAACCGCACCUACCUUCCAUCUUCAUCAUCUUCUUCUUCUUCAUCUUAUAGGCGGCGUCAUUAUAUAUUUCAAUUCUCAAUUCUCAAUUCUAUCUAUGAAUUUUGUUUCUCUUCACCCUUUUCCUUCUUCUUCUUCUUCUAUCCAUUUCACUCCAUGGUUACUUUUCCGCACAAUUUAAUGUUCACUACUACCACCGUUGAUACAUUCAACAAGAGACUCGAUUCUCUUAUCCCUUUACAAAAUUAUCAUUUUUUCAAAAAAACUCGUUCAGGCAUUUCAUCAAACAUGUGGCGUAAUGUUUCUAAACAAGCUUAUAGAGGCUUGUUUCGUCCUCGUUUGAAUUAUUCACCACUUGCUCUUUCUCAAAAUUCGAUUUUUCCUCUUAAUUCUGAGGUUUUAUGUAACCCCAGAAAAUUGAACAUUACUGGGCAUGUUCAUAAUUUUCAUAAUCAUAAGUCUAGGUUUGAGUUAGUUGAGAAUUUUGGUGGGUGUUGUUGUUCUAAUAAUUUUCUUUGUCAAUUUGAUACUAAAAGGUACUCUAGUGUUGCUGAGGCUGUUUCUUCUACUGAUGUUGAAGAAGAGAGGAAAUUUGAUGGUGGUUAUUGUUCUGAGGAUUUGAGUUUUGGGUUUAAUGCUAGAGGGUAUUCUAGUUUUGCGGUGGCGAUUUCUUUGGAGGAAGAGUCUGCAUUGGUUGAUGAUGAAAUUCGUGAGUUGUUGGAGGAGAUGGAGAGAGAAGAGAGGAGAAAGAUUGAUGAAUUUAGGUUAAAAAAUGAGGCUGUUGCGGUUGAGGAUUAUGCCCCGGAUGAGGAAGUUAAAGAGUUGUUGAAGGAGAUGGAGAGAGAAGAGAGGAGAAUGAUUGAUGAAUUUAAGUUAAAAAAUGAGGCUGCUACGAAGGAAGUUUAUGCCCCGGAUGAGGAAGUUAAAGAGUUGUUGAAGGAGAUGGAGAAAGAAGAGAAGAGAAAAAAUUAUGAGGUUAGGUGGAAUGGUAUGACAGAGGUGAAAUACAAGGAGUUAAGGAAAAGACAAGUGAAGAUAGAGACUGAAGUGUGGGAAGAAGCUGCAAAGGAGUAUAGGGACCUUUUGACUGAUAUGUGUGAACAGAAGUUGGCACCUAAUUUGCCGUAUAUGAAGUCAUUAUUUCUUGGUUGGUUCGAGCCUUUAAAGGAUGCAAUCGAGAAGGAGCAAGAGAUGUACCAGAGUGGAAAGAAGAGGACAAUUUACGCGCCUUACUUUCUUCAGUUGCCGCCUGAAAAGAUGGCCAUAAUUACUAUGCAUAAGAUGAUGGCGUUGUUGAUGACAGGAAGUGAGAGAGGAUCUGUUGGCACUACUAAGGUUGUCCAAACUGUCUGCACCGUAGGUGAUGCCAUUGAGCAAGAGGCUAGAAUACACAGGUUCUUGGAAAAGACUAGAAAGAAAAAGCAUGAUAAAGGCAAGAAAAAUGAAACAGUUGAGUCCACCGAAGUCAACAAGGAAGAGGAGAAACUGCGAAAAAAAGUCAUUAAUUUGAUGAAAAAGCAAAAGCUUGUUGCAGUGAAAGGAAUAAUGAAGGGCCUCGAUGAUACAAAACCAUGGGGACCAGUUAUGAAGACAAAGGUAGGAAGCCGUUUGGUUGAACUUUUGACGCAAACAGCAUAUAUACAACCACCAUCAGAUCAGUCAGAGGAUGGUGCAAUUGAUAUCCGUCCUGCAUUUGUUCAUACAUUUAGAACAACGACAAUUGGAGCAAGGAAAACAGGCAGAAAAUAUGGUGUCAUUGAAUGCGAUCCUCUAAUUCUUAAAGGGCUUGACCGAACUGCAAGAAGUAUGGUAAUUCCUUAUAUGCCUAUGUUGGUUCCACCAAUCAAGUGGACAGGUUAUGACAAAGGUGGGCACUUGUUCUUACCCUCUUAUGUCAUGCGUACUCAUGGAGUCAAGCAGCAACGUGAGGCUGUUAAGAUAGCCCCUAGGAAGCAACUAGAGCCUGUAUUUGAGGCUCUGGAUACUCUUGGGAAUACAAAAUGGAGGGUAAAUAAAAACGUGCUCAGUAUUGUGGACAGGAUAUGGGCUAGUGGAGGCCGACUUGCUGAUUUGGUGGACCGCAGUGAUCUGGAUUUACCUAAGGAGCCAGAAACUGAUGAUGAAGCUCAGAAAAAGAAAUGGAAAUGGAAGGUCAAAUCUGUGAAGAAAGAGAACAGAGAGAGAUAUUCACAACGUUGUGACGUAGAACUUAAACUGGCUGUAGCACGUAAAAUGAAGGAUGAAGAGUUUUUUUACUACCCACACAACGUUGAUUUUCGCGGUCGCGCAUAUCCAAUGCAUCCACACUUAAAUCACCUCGGUUCAGAUUUAUGCCGAGGGAUAUUGGAAUUUGCGGAUGGACGCCCUCUUGGAAAGUCUGGUCUGCAGUGGUUGAAGAUACACCUGGCAAAUCUAUAUGGUGGCGGUGUUGAUAAACUAUCUAAUGAAGGUCGCAUAGCGUUUAUCGAAAAUCAUCUUGAUGAGAUAUUUGAUUCUGCUGAAAGAACUAUGGAAGGGAGACGAUGGUGGUUGAAUGCAGAAGAUCCAUUCCAGUUCUUAGCUGCAUGCAUAACUCUAAGUGAAGCCUUAAGCACUUCUGAUCCAGAAUCAUUUAUAUCACAUAUUCCAGUGCAUCAGGAUGGCUCCUGCAACGGUUUGCAACAUUAUGCUGCUUUAGGAAGAGACAAGAUAGGGGCUGCUGCUGUCAAUCUAGUUGCAGGAGAGAAGCCGGCUGAUGUUUACUCGGGAAUAGCAGCUAGGGUAGCAGAAAUCAUGCGAAUAGAUGCUCAGAAAGACCCCACAAGUUUUCCUGAUGUUCGUCAUGCAAAGACUUUGAUGAAUCAGGUCGAUAGAAAAAUGGUUAAGCAGACAGUGAUGACAUCAGUGUACGGUGUCACAUAUAUUGGUGCACGUGAACAGAUAAAGAGGAGGUUGAAAGAAAGAGGUGCUAUUGCAGAUGAUUCAGAGCUCUUUGGUGCUGCUUGUUAUGCUGCAAAGGUAACCUUAAUUGCCUUAGAGGAAAUGUUUCAAGGCGCACGUAGUAUCAUGAACUGGCUUGGUGACUGUGCAAAAGUAAUUGCAUCUGAAAAUCAACCGGUGCGUUGGACCACUCCUCUUGGACUUCCUGUGGUACAACCUUACCGUAAACUAGGAAGGCAUAUUGUCAAAACUUCACUUCAGAUGUUGACAUUGCAACGAGAAACAGAUAAGGUCAUGGUCAAGCGGCAAAGAACAGCAUUUCCACCAAAUUUUGUUCACUCACUCGAUGGUUCUCAUAUGAUGAUGACUGCACUUGCCUGCAAAAAGGCAGGCUUGAGUUUUGCAGGGGUUCAUGAUUCAUACUGGACGCAUGCGUGUGAUGUUGAUAAUAUGAACAGAAUACUGAGAGAGAAGUUUGUAGAACUUUAUGAAGCCCCGAUUCUUGAAAAUUUACUGGAAAACUUUCAAGAAUCUUUCCCAUCUUUAUCAUUUCCACCUUUACCUGAACGUGGAGACUUUGACAUGAACGAAGUUUUAGAGUCACCAUAUUUCUUCAACUGAUACUGUCUUCAUAAGCUAGCUUGGAUUGGAUUCAGUCUUUCAGCCCUUACUGACAGUAGUUGUCUGUGUGAGCUCGGCGCAAGAACGAUAUAUCUUCUGUAUGUACUCAUUGUAGGGGCUAUUUCAGUGGCUGUAUAUAUAUCUUCAAGGGCAUGGAGGGUUUUUAGGAUGACCCUUGUGGGACGAUGACAUGUUCAUCCUACUUUUUGAUGCGUAGAUGAUUAUUUCUUUAUGACGGUUGAGGGCUAUUGAAGCUGGUGCAAAUAUGCAACAAUCAGGACUCGGGAAGCAACAUCUAAGUUAAAGUUUGCAUUUUCCGUCACUACAGCGCGAACAAUAGAUUUCAUUUAUUUAUUUAAGAAUCUGGGGAACUUUUCACAGUUUGAGUAGAAAAUGUUACCAAAUUCAAUUCCUUAGUCACCAUGAAAAUUAAGCCAUAGGAUAGCUGCAGAGAAUUAUACACUAUACAAGUUUUUCUCUUGUAAAUAUAGGACAUGUUUGAAUUAGUGUACCAACAUGAGUUAUAGUAAAUAAUUAUUUUUACAAGUUUCACA